UCUAACAUUUUCACCCUAAGAUAAUACUCUUCCUCAUCAUCACUCUUUGAGGCCAGUCACAUACAACAUGGUGUCACUACUUGUCCUAAUUCUAUGCCUUAUUACUCUUCCCCUAUUCAUCUUCUUUUUCUUCCAAAAACAAACAACACUCAAGAACAAAGCUUUUCCACCAGGUCCUAGAGGCCUUCCAAUAAUUGGAAAUCUUCACCAAUUAGAUAAUUCUUUCCUUUAUCUUCAGCUAUUUGAAUUCUCAAAGAAAUAUGGCCCUAUAUUCUCCCUUCAAUUAGGUCUAAGGAAAGCAAUUGUUAUUUCAUCCCCUGAGUUGGCCAAAGAAGCAUUGAAAAAUCAUGACCGUGAAUUUGCCGGAAGACCAAACUUAAUUGGUCAGCAAAAAUUAACCUACAAUGGGUUAGAGAUGAUUUUUUCUCCAUACAAUGAAUUUUGGAGAGAAAUUAGAAAAGUAUGUGUAACCCAUGUUCUUAGCUCUAGGCGUGUAUCAAGCUUUUCUUCAAUAAGAAAAUUUGAGGUCAAGCAAUGGAUCAAGAAAAUAUCAAGCCAUGCAUCAUCAAAAAAGGUGACAAAUUUGAAUGAAAUGAUAAUUUCUCUAACAAGCACUAUUAUUUGUAGGAUUGCCUUUGGUAAAAGGUAUGAAGAUGAAGGAGUUGAAAAGAGUAAGUUCCAUGAUUUGCUCAAUGAAUGUCAAGCAAUGAUGGCUAGCUUCUUUGUUUCGGAUUAUAUUCCUUUCUUGGGUUGGAUUGAUCGACUCAAUGGAAUGCAUGCACGUCUUGAGAGAAUUUUCAAGGAGUUGGAUAAGUUCUAUCAAGAAGUGAUUGAUGAACACAUGGAUCCUAACAGAGACACUUCAAAUGGAGAGGAUAUUAUUGAUGUCUUGCUUCAAUUGAAGAAAAACCGUUCAUUUUCCUCUGACCUCACUAUUGAUCACAUCAAAGCACUGUUUGUGGACACACUUGUAGCAGCAACAGAUACAACUGCAGCCACAAUAGUUUGGGCUAUGACAGCACUAAUAAAAAAUCCAAGAGUAAUGAAGAAAGUUCAAGAUGAAGUUAGAAAUUUUGGAGGCCAAAAAGAUUUCUUAGAAGAAGAAGAUAUUCAAAAGUGUAGCUAUUUUAAGGCAGUAAUGAAAGAAACUUUAAGAUUGCACUUACCAACACCACUACUUGUACCAAAAGAAACAAACAAAACUUGCAUUAUAAAUGGGUACGAAAUUCCAAGCAAGACUAUAGUGUAUGUGAACGCUUGGGCUAUUCAUAGAGAUCCUGAAGCUUGGAAAGACCCAUAUGAAUUUUAUCCUGAGAGAUUCUUAGGUAGUGAUAUAGAUUUUUUUGGACAACAUUUUGAGUUGAUUCCAUUUGGUGCUGGUCGAAGAAUUUGCCCGGGUAUGCAUAUGGGACUUGCUUCACUUGAUCUUAUUCUUGCUAAUCUUCUUUACUCUUUUGAUUGGGAACUUCCAGAAGGUUUGAAAAAAGAAGAUAUUGAUACUCAAAUGUUGCCGGGAAUAACACAACAUAAGAAGAAUCCUCUUUAUCUUAUUGCAAAAAAUAAGAGUUAGUAUACACUACAAUAAAUUUGACAGAUAGCAGCGGAUAUUCUGUAGUGGUUAAAAGAAAUCGCUGCAAAAAAAGAUCGUAUCAUAUGAUGAGUAAUUUUAGGCAAUAUUUAUUUAUAUAUAUGUGUAUGUAUAGCCCAUCGUGUAAUUUAGUUAAAGUUUGUUGUAUCUUUUAUUUAAUUUUCUUAUGAAAGUGGAAGACUAUGGUUAAAUAAUAUGUAUAU